UGAACUACGGUUACCUGCUGCCUCACGACGUCCGCACCUCCGACCUGCGGCAGGAGAAAGCCAUGCAGUCUGCUGUGGCCGCCAUGCAGCGUUUUUAUGGGAUUCCUGUGACGGGCGUCCUGGAUGAGACGACCAUAGAGUGGAUGAGGAGACCUCGCUGCGGCGUCCCAGAUCAUCCUCACACCAGCCGCCGGCAGAGGAAUAAACGCUACGCCCUGACGGGACAGAAAUGGAGAGAUAAGAAGAUCUCGUACAGCAUAUCCAACUUCACCCCCAAAGUGGGCGAGAAGGACACGCAGAGAGCGAUCCGACAAGCCUUCAACGUGUGGCAGACCGUCACUCCGCUGUCCUUCCAGGAGGUGCCGUACUCGGAGAUCAACGAGGGUAAGGAGGCGGACAUCAUGAUCUUCUUUGCCUCUGGUUUCCAUGGUGACAGCUCUCCGUUUGAAGGAGAGGGGGGUUUCCUUGCCCACGCCUAUUUCCCUGGCGCUGGCAUCGGAGGAGACACACACUUUGACUCUGAUGAGCCCUGGACGCUGGGCAACGCCAACAACGACGGUAAUGAUUUGUUCCUGGUGGCGGUUCAUGAGUUGGGUCACGCGUUGGGUUUGGAGCACUCCAACGAUCCCAGCGCCAUCAUGGCUCCUUUCUACCAGUACAUGGACACGCACAACUUCAAGCUGCCUCUGGAUGACCUGCAGGGGAUUCAGAAAAUCUACGGUAUCCCCACAGCCAUGCUGGAACCCACCAGGCCGCUGCCCACUUUACCUUCUCGACGGACACACUCCACCUCCGAGCGCAAGCCCGACCGUCAUUCCCGUCCGGCGCGUCCCCCCGGUGACCGGCCGGCGCUGCCUGGAAACGGCAAACCCAACAUCUGUGACGGCAACUUCAACACCGUGGCCUUCUUCAGACGGGAGAUGUUUGUUUUCAAGGACCGGUGGUUUUGGCGUCUGAGGAACAACAAGGUGCAGGAGGGUUACCCCAUGCAGAUCGAUCAGUUCUGGAAAGGCCUGCCACCUCGCAUCGACGCCGCCUACGAGAGAUCUGACGGCAAAUUUGUCUUCUUCAAAGGUGAUAAGUACUGGGUGUUUAAGGAGGUCACGGCCGAGCCGGGUUACCCUCACGGCCUGGUGGAGCUGGGCAGCUGCCUCCCCAAAGACGGCAUCGACACGGCGCUGCGCUGGGAGCCGGUGGGGAAGACCUACUUCUUCAAAGGGGAUCAGUACUGGCGCUACAACGAGGAGAAGCACACCGCUGACCCCGGGUACCCCAAACCCAUCACUGUGUGGAAGGGAAUACCGGACGCUCCGCAGGGGGCCUUCAUCAGCAGAGAAGGCUACUACACAUACUUCUACAAGGGGAAGGAGUACUGGAAGUUCGACAACCAGAAGCUGACGGUAGAACCUGGAUAUCCAAAAUCUAUCUUACGCGACUGGAUGGGCUGCGACCAGUCCGACAUGGAGCGCUCCGGCGGCAGCGGUAACCGCGGUGACCGCCAGCUGCCCCUCGACGACGUGGACAUCAUGGUGACCAUCAAUGACGUCCCGACGACGGUCAACGCCAUCGCCGUGGUGAUCCCCUGCAUCCUGUCGCUGUGCAUCCUGGUGCUGGUGUACACGAUUUUCCAGUUCAAAAACAAAGGAGUGCAGCAGAACACCCUGGCACAGCACUACUACAAAUACCCCGUUCAGGAGUGGGUAUGACAGGCAACCUUCCCCCGAGGAGGUCAAAGUUCACAGGUGAAGUGGUUGUGAUGCUGUUGGCGAGCUAAUGUUGGCUAAUGGCUAAAAACACUAGCAGAGGAAAGUGGACAGUCGAUGCUAAAAGACGGUAACUGGCUUGAAACUCACGACCGGAAGAUUCGUGACUUUGUCUUUUUCAAACAAACUGAGAACUCGUCCACAGAUACUGGAGGAGGAUCUUCCCGAGGACACGAUUUUUCAGUCUUGACCUGAUGAUGCGACACUGAACUUGGACUCCUCGUCUGGGACCUACGACACACAGCUCUCCUUCUCAGUGGAAAGAGCGAGGAGGAGGCCAGACGACGACAGCUUGUAUCGUGUGAACUUCUUCAGCUAGUAAGAUGAGAUUUAAUUUAAAAAAAAGAAAUGAAUAAAAACAUCACACUUGAAGAUAAAUGUAGGUAGAAAGGCCAUAACAAAGAAAACCAAGGAUUUCUCCGUUGUAUGGAAACUGUCAGAGGACAUUUUCCUCUCUUUUAGCACCAGACACAACAAAAGCAUUCCCAUCACCAUCAACUCAAACUCGACUUUAAUCCUCCCUCAACUUUUUAAAAUCUGUGUAGAUCUACACGGUGUGGCGCGAUGCUGUGUGUAGAGUAGUGAGUCAUCAGCGUAUAGUGAUAGAUUAGCUCAGCGGCCUUAUCUCGAACACGUCUGCUCAUAUUUAACAUCCACGCAUCCGGGGCCCGUAUUAAUCGAGCCGCUCGACGUAAAGUAAUGAAAAAACUAACAUGACAACAAGCGAUUUUUCUUAAAACAGGACCUUUCUUAAACAUGUUUUCAUUAAUUGUACAAAAUAUCGUAAUUGAUGAUGAAAACUACGUCGGCUGAUAGAAAAGUGGUAGUUUUAUCCCACUGUUUGCAUUUUAUUCAUAUAUGUAAUAGAAUGUUGCACCACACUUUUUUAGAAUUUAGUUUCUAUUUCAACCAAUUUCUUAUUUAAUUCCUAUUUAUACAUUCUAAAUAUAUUCGAUUGUUAAUUUUACAUGUUUACUGCUAUUUGAGAUAUCGAGGAUUUAACUCAAGUAAAAAGAAGCGUUUGAAUAAUUACGAGUACACUUGUUUUUGGAGAAUAACAUAUCACUGAGUGAACAGUUUAUUUCUUUUUUAACAAACAGCUCAGCAGAUGAAGUGUAAAUCCUCUCGUCUGAUUGGCUCGUUCUGCUGGAGCUUUAUGGGAUGUGGUCACUCGGGAGCUGCUCUUUAACUUUGCUCUACGUUACCUUGUUGUAAGUAGCAGGAAGUUGUUUGAUAAAUGUGUCUUAAAGCUCACAGGAACUUUUUAAAUUGUUAUACACGUUUUUUAUCACAUUUCAGUUUCUGUUUUUCUGUUUUUAUUUAUUUGAAGUAUUCUAAUGCUGCGUUCAUUCAGAGGCGGGAAUCUAAACGAGAACAUGGCCGACCGUGACAUUUAAUUCAUUUAAAACUUCACCGAUCGUCGUGAUAUUUUCAGUUUCAGUCAACAUGCAGAAUAAACUUUUACUAUGUGAUAGUUUUUAUGUUUUUUUACCAAAUACAGGCAGAUAUACUUUACGUUGAUGAUUUGCCGUUGUUGCUCAAACAACUGCUCCUCCAUGACGACGUUUCCAUGGAUACCAAUAAUCUGAGUGUUGACCUCAUACUGAUUUAGACAUUAUUCAGAUUAUGAUGUUUACAUGAGAUGCUCAUAGAAUAUUCCAUCAUAUUUCUGUUCAUACAAAACACGUCAACAUUUCGUCCACGACGUCAUUUGUCCGACGUUCCCGCCAGAAUUUUAAAACCCGACCUGAAUUUAUUUAAUCCACAAUGUGAACUUCUGAGUGUUUUUCUUUAUAAUUUAGCAGAAGCUUCAUCUCCUCGGGAGUUUUCCAUCUUGUUAUUACUCAAACCCAGAAAAUGAAAACUCAUUAUAAUGUGAUCAAGACAAAUGAAGUAUAAAUGUCCACAUAGUUUGACUAAAUCAGAAUGUCUGAAUUAGAUUAUUGUCUAUUCAGGUUAAAUUAAUCAGAAGAUGCUGUUUACAUGUCAGUGUCUUAUUCAGAUUGUUGUUUUAAUCUGGUUAAUAUCAGAAUAUUGGUGUCCAUGGAAACGGGGCUGCGACCUCCGACCUUCCGUUGUACAUUUUUGAGUCAGAGGUUGUAAAGUCUGGUCUUGUGAGUUUCCUGGAACGCAGCGUUCAUAGUGUUUGAUAAUCACUCGCCUGCAGCUGAGAUUCUUUUUAUUCCUGGAGUUUGUCUUUAUCCUCAUUUCCCAAAGAAAACGGCUCAGGAGGAAUUGGAGAGGAGGAGGUAGAAAGAGACGGUGAAGGGACAGGGAGGUGGAAUAGAGCAGGUUCUGAAUCCAGGGCGAUAGAGUCGUGCACAGAGGAUACGUGAGUAUUAGUAUUCAGGCUGUACUGCAGAAACAUCAACCAGACUUAAUGAAGUUACUGCUGUUCACAAAGCUUCUAACAGACACACGUCCCUCACUUUAAUCCCUCUGUCCUCACUCCGUCCUCUUGUAAUUGUCCCCGUUCACGUGGCCUCUCGUCUCCUCGGCCCCUCCCUCUUCACUUAUCUCCUUCUACGUCUUCAACACGUCUCCACAUCGUCUUUAUAUCAACACGACACAACUUUAAUGUCAGUGUCUGUUUAUCAGUGCUCAUGCUCGGCUUUGUUCUUCUCGUCUUCUCGGGAUUCGCCAGCACAUUUACACAAACCUUGUGUUACUGUUUGUGUCGACAGGACGUGAGUUGUGUUGUAAAAUGAGCUCACAUGCUCUUGUACACUCCAGUUGCAGAUGUGUCACAUUGACAGAAGUUACGAUGGUGUUUGGUUUCAUUGUUUGACACAGUUAAACUUGUGAUUUACAUUAAUUCAAGGUUUAAAUCACUCAGGUUUGAGUUAUUUUCACAUUGUCAGAGGCACAAUAAAGAUUUCGUAUAAUUGAAUGUCACAAACGUACGAGGAUUAGAGGACUAAUGGUUUGAAGUAACGAAAACUUGUGGACGAGGAGAAUCUUUGGUCGAGCGGUGAAACAGGAAACGGUCUGAAUUAGUGGCGAGCUCUUUAUGUGAGUGAGUCAUCGAAUGCACCGGACCACUCUUCACUUUAUCUUCUGAAACAGCAGCUGCUUGAUUUAAAUACACAAGCGUCUCAUUUAAAAGUCAUAAUGUGACUCAUGAUGGUUCAUUCAGGGGCCACUGAGCUCCCUAGAGAAGCCCCCCCGCCGCCCCCCCGCCCACUCAUCUACGACCCGGCGCCUCAGGCCGGGAAUCUCUGUUGUGGGUCAUCUCAGGACGACUCCUCACUGAGUCGCUGUUUGUCCAGACUGAAACAUUGUGAUGAUUUAAAUUCACUAGAUCCAGAUUUUUAUUUGCAUCUCGUAAAUAUCACUGCUCUAAAUAUUUAUUAUUUUCUCAAGAUCCAUGAAUUAUUCUCUGAGAAAUCAAGGAAAAUGUUGGAAAACUUUUAAUUAGAAAAAAGUUGUAAUAAUACAAGAACAGUCUCGUAAUUUAAGUUUCAUUUCGAUUACAACUUAGCUUAAAUUAUUAAUAGUAAUACUACGACUUUACUGUCAUAAUAUUACGACUUUUUCUCAUAACAUUCCAAAUUUAUUCAAAUUAUAUUAAUAUUUUAUCCUCAUUGUUUCUCAAAAUAUCAAAAAGAUUUUUCUUCAACAUCGUCGUCUUCUUGAAGUUGCAGUUUUUGAUCUGCACCGUCCACAUGCACAGUAAAAACAUGUUGCAGCGUCUCUCUCUCUCUCUCUCUCUCUCUCUCUCUCUCUCUCUCUCUCUCUCUCCCUCUCCUCUCUCUCUCCCCUCCUCUCUCUC